GCUUUCGUCAGCUCAGAUGCUGAGCGAGCGCGCGCGCGCGCACCGCCAACACGACAGCCCCCGCGAGUGCAGAAGAAGAAGAAACAGAUUGAAAGGGGGCUUGAGGGGAGGAAAAAAAAGAAGGAACCAGCCAGCCAGCCAGCCAGCCAGCCAGCUUGUGGUCCGAGGAGUGAUGGCGCUGGGCUGGGCUGGGGGCUGCCUCCUCCGUGCACCUUUUGGCGGCAGAGGAGGAUGAAGACGAGCGCCUCGACGCUCCUUUUUCCCCUCGUUGAGGACCAUGUCCUCCUCCGCUCGGUCUCUGGCCAGGAUUCCGCUUCCUCCCUGCGUUAUGGAUUAUAAAUGAUCCUGGCCAAGGAGUUUCUACUUGCACGAGGAGGAGGAGCAGAAAGACCAAGAGAAUGGCGCGCUACGGGGACGAGCUCCCCAACAGGUACGGCGGAGGCCAGGGGGGACAGGCAGGAGGCGGCGGCGGCGGCGGGCCGGGAGGAGCCGGCGGCGGGCGAGGGGGCAGCCGCCAAGGGGGGCCCCCCGGGGCGCAACGCAUGUACAAGCAGUCCAUGGCCCAGAGGGCCCGGACCAUGGCACUGUACAACCCCAUCCCCGUGCGGCAGAGCUGCCUGACCGUCAACCGCUCGCUCUUCCUCUUCAGCGAGGACAACCUGGUGAGGAAGUACGCCAAGAAGAUCACCGAGUGGCCUCCUUUCGAGUGGAUGAUCCUCACCACCAUCAUCGCCAACUGCAUCGUGCUGGCACUGGAGCAGCACCUGCCCGACGACGACAAGACGCCGCUGUCCGAGCGACUGGAGGACACGGAACCCUACUUCAUCGCCAUCUUCUGCUUCGAGUCGGGCAUCAAGAUACUGGCGCUGGGCUUUGCGCUGCACAAGGGCUCGUACCUGCGCAACGGCUGGAACGUCAUGGACUUUGUGGUGGUGCUCACCGGCAUUUUAUCGUCUCUGCGCUCUUACAUCGACCUGCGGACGCUGCGAGCCGUGCGGGUGCUGCGGCCGCUCAAACUGGUGUCGGGAAUUCCCAGCCUGCAGGUGGUGCUCAAGUCCAUCAUGAAGGCCAUGAUCCCGCUGCUGCAGAUCGGCCUGCUGCUCUUCGUGGCCAUCCUGAUGUUCGCCAUCAUCGGCCUGGAGUUCUACAUGGGCAAGUUCCACACCACCUGCUACGACGACUUCACGGGUGAGAUCGUGGACAAGGUUCCGUGCGGCUCCAAGUUGCCGUCCAGGCUGUGCCCCAACGGCACCACCUGUCGCGACGGCUGGAUCGGGCCCAACUACGGCAUCACGCAGUUUGACAACAUCCUGUUUGCCGUCCUCACCGUCUUCCAGUGCAUCACCAUGGAGGGCUGGACCGAGAUGCUCUACUACAGCAACGACGUGGAGGGCAGCGCCUGGAACUGGAUGUACUACAUCCCGCUCAUCAUCAUCGGCUCUUUCUUCAUGCUCAACCUGGUGCUGGGCGUCCUCUCCGGCGAGUUUGCCAAAGAGCGAGAACGCGUGGAGAACCGCAGCGAGUUCCUCAAGCUGCGGCGGCAGCAGCAGAUCGAGCGCGAGCUCAACGGCUAUCUGGAGUGGAUCUGCAAAGCGGAGGAGGUGAUCCUGGCCGAGGAGGACGGCGGCGCCGGCAGCUUCGACGGUUCCCGCCGCCGCCCGCCCAUGAAGUCCAAGAACAACAAGACGGAGCUGCUCAACGCCGAGGAAGGCUUCGCCCGCUCCAGCAUCAAGAGCGGCAAAGACGGCUCGGGCUACGGCAAGAAGGAGAAACGUCUGCGCUUCUUCAUCCGCAAGAUGGUCAAGACGCAAGCCUUCUACUGGACCGUCCUGUGCCUGGUGGGCCUCAACACCAUGUGCGUGGCGGCCGUGCACUACGACCAGCCCGAGCUGCUCUCCGACUUCCUGUUCUAUGCAGAGUUUAUUUUCCUGGGUUUGUUCAUGUCUGAGAUGCUGAUCAAGAUGUACGGGCUUGGCAUUCAGCCCUACUUCCACUCCUCCUUCAACUGCUUUGAUUGUGUGGUGAUCAUGGGCAGCAUCUUUGAGGUGAUAUGGGCCACCAUCAAGCCAGGCACGUCUUUCGGGAUCAGCGUCUUGCGAGCGCUGAGACUUUUGAGAAUCUUCAAGGUCACCAAGUACUGGGCUCCGCUGCGCAACCUGGUGGUGUCCCUGCUCAAUUCCAUGAAGUCCAUCGUCAGCUUGCUCUUCCUCCUCUUUCUCUUCAUCGUGGUCUUCGCCCUGCUGGGCAUGCAGCUCUUCGGCGGACAGUUCAACUUUGAAGAUGGAACGCCACCCACCAAUUUUGACACUUUUGCGGCGGCCAUCAUGACGGUGUUUCAGAUCCUGACGGGAGAGGACUGGAACAUGGUCAUGUACGACGGCAUCGAGUCUCAAGGGGGCGUCAACGACAAGGGGAUGAUCUUCUCCAUUUUCUUCAUCGUCCUCACCCUCUUCGGCAACUACACGCUGCUCAACGUCUUCUUGGCCAUCGCCGUGGACAACCUUGCCAACGCUCAGGAGCUCACCAAGGACGAGGAGGAGCAAGAGGAGGCGGCCAAUCAGAAGACGGCGCUGCAGAAGGCCAAAGAGGUGGCCGAGGUCAGCCCGCUUUCGGCCGCCAAUCUCUCCAUCGCCGCUAAAGAGCAGCAGAAGAAUCACGCCAAGCCGGGCGGCAAGUCGGUGUGGGAGCAGCGCACCAGCGAGAUCCGCCGGCAGAACCUGAUGACCAGCCGAGAGGCGCUUUACAACGAGCUGGAGCAGGACGAUUGGAAGGUGGGAGGCGAGGGAGACGAGGUGUCAUUUGCGCGGAAAGGCCGCGGAGACGUGAAAACCCACUUGGACCGCCCCCUGGUGGUCAACCCGCAGGACAACCGCAACAACAACACCAACAAGACUCCUCCAGGCCAGCUGCCCCUGGACCAGGAAUACCGACAGCAGGACCUUGACCGCACCCACCGCGCCGCCCCCCACCACCACCACCACCAUCAUCAUCACCACCACCGUCACCACCACCAUCACCACCAGAGGGUGCCGGAACCGCCCGACCGGGAGCAACCGGCGGCGGGGGACGAGGUGGGCCCAGAAGCCGGCAACCGGGAGGGGCAGCGGCCGGAGGAGAGGCACGGACACAGGGGCCACCGGGGCCACCGGCGCAGGAACCGCGAGGCUUGCGGCGAGGGCAACGACGAGCACCGCAGAGCCCGGCGUCACUGCAAGGGCGAGCCCGGCAGGAGGCGCGGGUCCAAGGGAGCCCAGGCGGACGGAGAAGACAGCGAGGGCCGCAAGGCCAGGCGCCAUCGUCACGCCAAUCAGGAAAGAAGCGGAGGACGUCGCUCCAGAAAGCUGACGCCGCCGCCGUCGCCUCCUUCUCUGGGUUCCGCCAGGGAGCAGCAGGGCGCCGGUCCCAGCCUGUCCACCACGCGGCCCAUCCGGCAAGACGAGGAGGACCUGGACAACUUGCGCAACAACAGCAAGCUGGCCAGUCGGCCGCAGCACGUCGACAACCCGCUCAAGCGCUGCGACGCCGCCGACACCCACGCCCUCCUGCGCAGCAUGGACAGCCUGAUCCUCAGCAGCAUGGCUAAGCCGGACUACACCGGCGUGGACCUGCCGCCCGUCUACCCUUACCCGUCGACCAACGCCGUCCUGCAAGUCAACAAGAACGCCAACACGGAACCGAAGAAGAACGAGGAGAAGAAGGACAACGGCGACGAGGACGGCGACGAGGACGGCCCCAAGCCCAUGCCGCCUUUCAGCUCUUGCUUCAUCUUGUCCACCACCAACCCCUUCAGGAGGUGCUGCCACUACAUCCUCACCCUCAAAUACUUUGAGUUCAGCAUCCUGUCUGUCAUCGCCAUGAGUAGCAUCGCGCUGGCGGCUGAGGACCCGGUGUCGCCGGACUCGCCGCAAAACAACGUGCUGCGCUACUUUGACUACGUCUUCACCGGCGUGUUCACUUUUGAAAUGCUCAUCAAGAUGGUGGUUCUGGGCCUGUUCCUCCAUCAAGGCUCCUACUUCCGCGACUUGUGGAACAUUCUGGACUUUAUAGUGGUUAGUGGUGCUCUGGUGGCCUUCGCCUUCACGAGCAGCACCCGAGGGAGCAGUAAGGGCAAAGACAUCAGCACCAUCAAGUCGCUGCGAGUGCUACGGGUUCUGCGUCCUCUCAAGACCAUCAAAAGACUCCCCAAGCUCAAGGCCGUGUUUGACUGCGUGGUGAACUCUCUGAAGAACGUCCUGAACAUCCUGAUCGUCUACAUGCUCUUCAUGUUCAUCUUCGCCGUGGUGGCCGUGCAGCUGUUCAAGGGCCGCUUCUUCUAUUGCACCGACGUGUCCAAAGAGUUUGAGCGCGACUGCAGGGGCGAGUUCCUCAUGUACGACAGGGACGAGGUCCGGGCUCAGAAGCGGGAGUGGAAGAAGUACAAUUUUCACUACGACAACGUGGCCUGGGCCCUGCUCACGCUCUUCACCGUCUCCACCGGAGAAGGCUGGCCGCAGGUGUUGAAGGCCUCUGUGGACUCCACCUUUGAGAACCAGGGUCCCAGCCCAGGUUACCGCAUGGAGAUGUCCAUCUUUUACGUGGUCUACUUUGUGGUCUUCCCCUUCUUCUUCGUCAACAUCUUCGUGGCGCUCAUCAUCAUCACCUUCCAAGAGCAGGGCGAUAAGAUGAUGGAGGACUACAGCUUAGAGAAGAACGAGAGGGCCUGCAUCGAUUUCGCCAUCAACGCCAAGCCCCUGACUCGCCACAUGCCCAAGAACAAGCUCAGCUUCCAGUACCGCAUGUGGCAGUUUGUGGUGUCCACCCCUUUCGAGUACAGCAUCAUGGCGCUCAUCGCGCUCAACACCAUCGUCCUCAUGAUGAAGUUUGACGGCGCCUCAGAAACGUACGACGACGUCCUGCAGAACCUCAACAUCGUCUUCACCACUUUCUUCUUCCUGGAGUCCAUCCUGAAGCUCGUCGCUUUCGGCCCUCUGAAUUUCUUCAGAGACGCCUGGAACAUUUUUGACUUUGUCUCCGUGCUCGGAAGCAUCACGGACAUUCUGGUGACCAAAUUAGGGAACAAUUUCAUCAACUUGAGCGUUCUGCGCCUGUUCCGGGCGGCUCGCCUCAUCAAGCUGCUGCGCCAAGGCGAGACCAUCCGCAUCCUACUGUGGACCUUCGUGCAGUCCUUCAAGGCUUUGCCGUACGUGUGCCUCCUCAUCGCCAUGCUCUUCUUCAUCUACGCCAUCAUCGGCAUGCAGUUGUUUGGCAACCUGGCCCUGGAGGAGGAGGGCGAAAGCGCCAUCGACCAUCACAACAACUUCAGGACCUUCGUCAUGGCCCUCAUGCUGCUCUUCAGGAGCGCCACGGGCGAGGCCUGGCACGAAAUCAUGCUGUCGUGUCUCGGAGGCAAAGAGUGCGACCCGGCCUCGGGCAACACGGAGCCCGAAUGCGGCAGCACCUUCGCUUACACCUACUUUGUCUCCUUCAUCUUCCUCUGCUCCUUCCUGAUGCUCAAUCUCUUUGUGGCUGUCAUCAUGGACAACUUUGAGUACCUGACCAGAGACUCGUCCAUCCUGGGGCCGCACCACCUGGACGAGUACGUAAGGAUUUGGGCCGAGUACGACCCCGCCGCCUGCGGCCGGAUCACUUACACAGACAUGUAUCAGAUGCUAAGACACAUGUGUCCGCCGCUAGGCCUCGGGAAGAGGUGUCCCGCCCGGGUCGCCUAUAAGAGGCUGCUGCGUAUGGACCUGCCCGUGGCCGACGACAACACGGUCCACUUCAACUCCACCCUCAUGGCGCUCAUCAGGACGGCGCUGGAUAUCAAGAUCGCCAAGGGUGGUGCAGACAAGCAGCAAAUGGACGCCGAGCUGCGUAAAGAGAUGAUGGCCAUUUGGCCCAACCUGUCGCAGAAAACGUUGGACCUGCUCGUCACGCCCCACAAGGCAGCCACAGACUUGACGGUGGGCAAAAUCUACGCUGCCAUGAUGAUCAUGGAAUACUACCGGCAGAGCAAGACCAAAAAGCUGCAGGCCAUGCGGGAGGAACAGAACCAACCACCGUUAAUGUUUGAGCGAAUGGAACCGCCGCCAGAGAACGACGCCACGGAUGGGCUCGGAGGGCCCGGACUCGACAGCCUCCCUGCUACUCAGCCCGACAACGUCAACAGCCUACCUUCGGAAGGCGGCGGCGCCAUGACCGAGAGCCAGUCGUGGAUGACCACCAAAGCCCAGGAGAUGUUCCAAAAGACGGGCAACUGGAGCCCCGACCGGCCGUACCCUGACGACCUCCACCAUACCCGCCACAACCCGCAGACGGUAGAGAUGCGGGAGAUGGGGCGGGACGGGUACUCGGACACCGAGCCCUGUCACCCAGUGGAUGGGCACGGGCGCACCCUCUCCAUGCCCCGCCUCUCAGCAGACAACCAAACCAUCACAGACACCCGUCCCAUGCAACGCUCCACCUCCAGCCUGGUUCACGGACGCUCGGGCCGAGGUGUCCGGCUGGAUGACUACUCCCUGGAGAGGGUGGUGUCUGAGGAGGGCCGUCACGGCGGCGGGGGGCGCCGACACAGGGACCGAAGUCAUCGGACCUCGCAGCGAUCCCUCACCAGAUACACAGACGCAGACACUGGCCUUGGCACAGACCUGAGCACCACCACGCAAUCAGGCGACCUGCCUCCCAAGGAGCGGGACCGGGGCAGGACCAAGGACCGGCGCCAUCAUCACCACCACCACCACCACCAUCACCACGGUUCCGUGGACAAAGAGCGCUACGAUCGACACGACCUAGCCCACCGACACUCCCGCGAAAGACACUGGUCACGCUCACCCAGCGAGGGUCCGGACGGACGCUGCCACAGACAGGGCAGUAGUUCGGUGAGCGGCAGCCCCGUCCCCUCGACUUCGGGGACCAGCACGCCGCGGAAAGGCCGUCGCCAGCUGCCCCAGACGCCGGCCGUCCCUCGUCCUCACGUCACCUACUCCCCCGCUGUCCGCAAGCCGGGCUACGGCCCCCCGGGGCCGGGCCGCCUGCGCUCGCCUUCUCCGCGACCUUUCUCCCCGCCAGACCACGACAGGGGCUACCACCACCGGCCACCGUCCCGGCAAGCCUCUCCCCACCACGGGGGCUCCUCGUCCAGGCACGGGUCGCCCCGCUCCCCCAGGCACGGGUCGCCCCGCUCCCCCAGGCACGGGUCGCCCCGCUCACCCAUUCACGGUUCGCCGUGCUCCCCGCACCGAGCCCGCUGGAGCGGACCUCCGCUGGGGGAGACUCUGGAAGGGGGCGGGCCCUUCUACGAGCGCGACUACGAGUACGAGCGUCACCACGAGCCCCCCGCCUACGAACAGAGCCUUUCCCACACAAACCCGCACACGAGCAAUCCGCACCCCCGCUCGCCCAGGACUGCCCGCCACGGGCCCUCUCCACCGCCCCCUCACCCGCAUCCCCGCCGGGUGCCUAAUGGCUACCGCUCGUCUUCACCUUCUCCGCAUCGAAGAGGGCCGCACGGGGCACCUCACCCUCACCACCGACCCCCUCAUGCCCGCGCACCUCGCAAAAGCCUGCACGAACCUUACAGCGAGACAGAUGAGGACGACUGGUGCUAGCAACCGGAUUCGGACGGAAACGCUAGGAGGAGAACAGCCUCCUCCAGGGUUCUGGCCUUGCAUAAGUAGACUUGAUGGGGUGGGGUGGAGGCUCUGGACAUCCUCCUGGGGAGUUUGCCCUCAGUCCCUGCUCUUUGAGUCAGACUGCGGGGCAGAGACCACGGUGCUUCAAGUCGACUGACAAACGGCCAAAAAGGCCUAGGCCACCAGGACUACGCUCCCCAGAAUCCUUUGCUGGGAAGCCGAACUGCCGGCGGAAAUCUUGGAGCAUGUGCUUCGAAUGAAGGGUCCCUGACUAACGGUCAGGAUUGAUGAGGCCGAAACUGCUCGUCGCGAUUGGCUGAUCCUCCUUCUUCUUCUUCUUCUUCUUCUUCAGGUGACUCGUUGGCCGGUCUGCUUCUGGCAACUUUCCGAGCGGGCUCUGCUGCUCACGUUUUUGAAAGGACAUGAGUUCCCAUAAAGCCAGGCCCUUUCCCCUCUCCGCAACCAGACCCUUACAUGAGAAGCUUUGCCUCCAGGAAAACAAACAAAAAAAAAAAAAAAAAAAAAAACA